UUGAUCGUCCGUAUCACCCCCGUUGGUUUGAAUUGCUGAGGGGCUCCACGGCAACACCAAUUGCGCAACAACAAAACAAGAGCUUAGAGAAUAUCUCUGUGACAAAACUAUCCUCCAUGACUAUGGUUAUUGAAAACCAGAACCGCCAAUACGGCGGAAUGGGCUUUGACAAUGUUUACCAACAUAAUCUGCCACACCACAACACGCCGCAGUUCACUGACCCGUGGACCGCUGCCCACACCACGUCGCAUUCGACGCCGCCUGUCUACGCGACAUCCAUGGCAUCCAACCCGAUCCUGAACCACCCUAAACAGGAGGAAGUGAGCCGCCCAUCCCCCCUCUCCAUGCCCUACUCGAGCAUCCCCGUCUCCGCACCCUCGAUGGUCACCAGCAGCACCUACUCGACUACGCCUGCGACAAGCUACCCAGCACCGGAAGUUAUGGGUCUGCACCACGAUUUGCCUCGCACGUCUUUCGAGCAGGCCCCUACAUACACGACUGCUUCCUCUAUGAGCAGCUUCGCGCCAGCCAGCUAUGCGCCACUCAGCUACGCCCCAUCUUUGCACCACCAGGAUAGUCGCCGGAUAUCUCAUGCUGAUCCCCGUGCCAGCCAAUCGCAGCCCUCAUCGGCUCCUACCUUCGGUGACGCCCUCGACGCCAGUCGCGGAAUGGUCGCGCUCAGCCAGGACUUGACUCCCCGUAACAUUUACGGCCCUCGCAACACCCGGGGCUCUGCAGAUUCUUAUGGAUUCCCUUCUACACACUCGUCUGGUUCUUCGAUCUCUUCCGGUGGCGGCUACCCCUACUACAGCGCUUCAGUCGCAUCCGUCGAGUCUUCUGUGACCGACUAUAGCUCCACGACUUCUGAGUCCUACGAGAAUGGACACUUGUCGCGGACUCUUCCUCGCCCAUCGAACCUCUUGACUGGUAGUGCUCCCCCGGGCCCCCAAUCCAUGAUGAGCCAGUUCAGUUCGAAAAUGCCCUCCAACACUCAGAAGAAGCACAAGUGCAAGGUGUGCGACAAGCGCUUCACCCGCCCGUCAUCUCUACAGACCCACAUGUACAGUCACACUGGCGAAAAACCUUUCGCCUGUGACGUAGAGGGUUGCGGUCGACACUUUUCCGUUGUUUCCAACCUUCGUCGACACAAGAAGGUUCACAAGGGCGAGAAGGAAGGCGCCUCGGGUGAGGAUGAAGAAUAAGCAAAUCUUGUCCUCACUCGACCUUCUUUUCUACUGCCCUUCCCUUGAGCCUUGUCCUCGCGCAGAGCAACAGAGAAUUUCGGAUCGAGAUACUCAACGGACUGCGCUGCAACCUCCUUUUCUUUCGGAAUGGGUAUACCCCUUGUACAACAAACUUCAAUUUUCGUGACUUCUCUUCUUUUAUGUCUCCGCAACACGCGGGGAAUUGAUACCCCUUUUAUUUUUCGCUUUUCAUUUUAUCAUGGAUCGGCAGGACACGGCACAAGGGCAAC